GACCUAAGAAUGUUUAUCUCCGAAGACUUGACGACCUUAACGGAUGCCUCCGUUGGUGGAGCACUACCAGCUGAGGUCCAUGGAAGCGCCCCGCAAUGGAGACAUGGUCAGCCCGGUUCAUGUCGUCGAGCGAACGCACAGGCCUCCGCACCAUCACCACCAGCAGCAGCUCAUCCCCUACCUCAGGACGGCCCUCUACGAUUACGACGCCCAGGGAGAGGACGAGCUGUCGCUGCGCAAGGGCCAGAUCGUCGAGGUCCUCAGCGAAGAUGCCAAAAUUUCGGGUGACGAGGGAUGGUGGACGGGAAAAAUCGGAGACAAGGUGGGGAUUUUUCCGUCGAACUUCGUCGCCCAUCAGAACCCGUCGCAGUACUCGGAUCACGUGAACAGCAUUAUCGCGGACAUUGACCCCGUGAAGAUCGACUUCGGCGAACUCGAGCUCGAAGAAGUUAUCGGCGUCGGCGGUUUCGGCAAAGUGUACCGCGGAGUGUGGCGCGGGCGCGAGGUGGCCGUGAAGGCGGCUCGGCAGGACUCGGACGCCGACGCCUCGGCAACGCUCGACAACGUCGUCAAGGAGGCGAAACUCUUCUGCCUGCUGUCGCACCCAAACAUCGUCUCGCUCGAGGGCGUGUGUCUGCAGGAGCCGAACUUGUGCUUGGUGCUCGAGUAUUGCAGGGGAGGUUCGCUGAACAGGGUGCUCGCCGGCGGAAAGAUCAGGCCGGACGUGCUCGUCGAUUGGGCGGUGCAGAUCGCGAAGGGGAUGGACUAUUUGCAUUGCAGGGCGCCGAUCUCGCUGAUACACCGGGACCUGAAGAGCUCUAACGGUGAGUAA